CGACGUAUCCGAGGCUGCUUGCGGUGGUACACCGUACAGGCCCGUUGGCGUCGCGACAAUCGACAAUCUCGAGGCUCUCUCAGCUCCUUGCUGCAGCAACCUCCUCGCCAAGUUGUGAAACAUAUCUUGCUGCACUCUUGUACAACACCUGUACAACAUCUAGGGAGCUAGAGAGAGCCACGAAAGUGACAAAUGCAAUUGGGUGGGUAUUUCCAAUAAAUACACCUUGCCUUCUCUGCGGCUUUUUGCUGAGAAGGGGUAAAAUCAGAUUAUGGGUGCAGGCUAUUACUCCUGGAACUUUUUACCAGAGUCCUGUGCCGGCACGGAAGAGCGAGGCCAGGGAAGAUUGGUGUACUCAGACACCGUCGUGAAUGUAGGACGACAGAGGUGACCAGGUGUCCUGUCCAAGCGGCACCUGUGUAGAGCACAGAGUGGCGCUGACGCAACCACAUUGCGCUGGCUAGUCCUCGGUGGCCUGUUCACAUCAUGUCAAGUGUGGAGAUCCUGCAGGCACCGCGGCCAGAUGUGAACAGCACCUCUGCAGAGGACGGCGCUGCGACGAGCUGGGAGGAGUCGUACAAACCUUUACCCGUCAUCUUCCUGGUCUUGUUUGGAAUAUGGGCAGCACUUCUGGCCCUGUGGUGCGUGAACACCUGGACAAAGCGGCGCUAUCAGUUGAGCAACCUGCAGUGGGCUCUCACAUCGGUGCCGCUUCUCAAGACGCUGGUGCUUGGCAUGUCCCUCGUCUUCUGGUACUCGUGCCUCUCGCUGGACACGUGCUCCUUCUGGGUGGCGUUUGGCGUGUUUGUGUCGCGCAUCUUCUUUGAGACGUCCUGCUUCGUGGCGUUCCUGCUGCUGGCCCAUGGUUACUGCAUAACCCAUGAGCAGCUGACCCUGACCGAGCGCCGCAAGAUUGCGGUGCUGGCGGGCCUGCUCUACCUCACCCUCACCGGCUACAAGGCCGCGCUGCCCCAGUUCUCGGUGCUGGUGGCGGUGAUCUACCUGCUGCUGCUGUUCGUCAUCUUCCACCAGACGGGCGUGAACCUUGCGCACCUGCGCGCGCAGCAGCAGGGCAUCCUGGAGGACGGCCUGCAGGGAAUGUACUGCGCAGUGCACAGCAAGUACCGCAUGUUCAGGCGCUUCCAGGGUGCGAUGGCCUUCACUCUGGUGGUCGAAGUGCUGAUGCAUGCCGGGGGGGAGGGUAUGGCCGAUGAGUACUGGAUCCGGUUGCUCGUGCGGGAAGUCCUCGAGCUGGGCAUCUUUGCGUUCAUCGGGUGGACGUUCCGGUCGCGGCAGCAGAGCCCCUUCUUCGCAGUGAUUCCGACCGUCCAAGAAGAGGAGGGCCCGCGGAAACUGCCGCCCAUCCACAGCGUGGAAAUGGACGAGAACGAGUUCCGAAGCGCCGACUUCCGAGAUUGGCACAUCGGGGUGCCCGCGAGUGCAGCCUACGGCGCCCCGUACGGUCCCGCCAUGAUCGUCAUCGUCCAGAAUCCGUGCGAGCUCAUGAUGGCCGACCAGCCAAUCCCGAGCCGCCACCUCAGCACACCGCCUCCGGCGCCCCAAGCCUCUAAAGCGCCCGAUCCUAUGCACCAGCGGCGAGUACCUACUGGUUUCGGAAAGGCUAUAGAGGAGCGGCUUAGAGCGACAUUCAGGUGUGGGGCGUUGAAUCCUUCAGUUUCCCAAAGGGUGGGGACUUCCAGACAAGCUUUUGGUUCUGCCUUUGAGAAGGCGGAGCCAAAGCUUGUUACAGGGGCAGCGGGAAACGGUAAAGAACUGGGUCUGUCACAGGACUGUUCGCAUUGUGGGAAGCCGGUGGAUCGGCCCUUGGUCGAAAAGAAACUGGUCGUGGGGUCGAAGAUUGGGGGUUUCGGGGAAGAUGUGCAAACGGCCGCGAUGGGUGGGCUAGAGUGCCCCGACAAAAGGCGGCAUGCCUGGGGCUCUCACACAUGAGCGAGAGGGACGUCCCCGUGUGUUGAUGUAGAUUAGUCGUCAGUCAAGUCAGAGCAUACAAGCUCAAAAUUGAACGGAAGAGUCUCUCAAAGCGUCGAGUGCGCUUUUGAAAGUGGCAAACAACCAUCUCUUGACAGUUAGCAAGCCUGUCAAGUCCCGAACAGAUUGUACCAAAUGCCCCAGCCACAAUCGAACAUAUAGCUGGCCUUCUUUGUUGAAUCCAGCUUGAUUACAUUCACCUUUGGUGCUUCAUAGAGAGUGAUACUGCAGGCUAGGCUAGGCUAGGAUUUGAGAUGACUCGGAGCUGGCGUUAAACUUACCAUCUUAAGAGUCACUGCCACGUGAAGGCUCAGAAUGUAAGUAAUGAUAUAAAAGAACUGCCGAUUUCAAAAAGAUAUCCUGAAGUUGAC